AUGGCUCCAAUUGGGACACGCAAACAGGUCCGUUUCAAGGAUCAAUAUGAACGACCUAAGAACAAGGCCCCUCUUACUGAGAUGAGAAAACCAGAUGGCAUCACCAUUCUCACGAAAAAGGAUGAAGUAUGCCGUUUCAUCACCGGCGCCCUCUCUCACUUUCUCAAACCCAUUGAGAUCCCCCCCAACACCCAUCUCAUUGAGCAUCGUCCUUGGAGCGCAGGAGGGAUCUACACCAUCCGCUCUGUCGAGCCUAUUCUGCCCAACACAAGAGUCUCACUUCCUCCUGUGCAAUGGAUUGAAGUGCGGAAUAUGGAACUUUCCUUGAACAAUGGUAUGAAGGUGUGUGUUCAGAUUGAAGACUCUAUCCAUGGACCGUUGUUGGCAUCUUACCUCAAGAAGCUGGACCUGCUUGAGUUGCAAGCGAAUGGAACAACUGACUCGGAAAUGGAAAGCCCGCAAUGA